GUCCAACACGUGAGGUGUGGGCGGGGGUGGGCGGCUCUGCCAACCUACCGUGCAAUAUAACAUCUCCUCUACCUGCUGAUCCAGCUCUCCUCGUCCUCUGGUACAAGAACGGUAUCCACAAGCCAAUAUACAGUUUCGACGUGAGGAGAGGUCCAGCGUUCCACUGGAAGAAUCCCAGUCACUUGGGUCAGCGAGCCACCUUCCAUCCCACUACAGCCAGUCUUACUCUUCAGAGGGUAGAGGCAGAGGACCAGGGAACUUAUCGUUGUAGGGUAGACUUCCGCGUCAACCCUACUCUCACCUUCACCACCAACCUCAGUGUUAUUGUUCCGCCGCGUCGUGUGGCAGUGUACACUGAGCUGGGUGUUGAGGCUCGUAGCAUCGUGGGACCUUUCACCGAAGGGGACACCUUGCGACUCACCUGCCGGGCUACGGGAGGAUCACCGCCCCCUGCUCUCACCUGGUGGGAGGGCCCGCUCCUCCUGGAUAUGACUUCGGAUGUGGAGGCCCCAAACCAGGUGACCAACACGUUGGUGGUGCCCAAGCUGACCCGCCGUGACCUGCAUCGAACCCUGACCUGCCAGGCUACCAACUCCAACCUGACAGCACCGCUCACCACCACUGUCACCCUUGAUAUGAUCUUUGCACCGCUGUGGGUGCGUCUGUUGACGAGCCGGGAUCCAGUCAGCGCUGGCCGGCAGUACGUUGUUGUGUGUCAGGCAGCUGGCUCCAGGCCCCCUGCAACCAUCACCUGGCACCUGGCCAACACAAGGCUCACCACACACACUGAUAAGUUGAGUCACGACGGUAAUGUAACGAGCAGUGAGCUGAUGUUUACACCUGAGAUUGGUGACGCAGGUCGUGUGUUGUCCUGCCUGGCUCACUCACCAGCUCUCAGCACACAGCCGCUCGUAGACGAGUGGCUCCUCGAUGUCUACUAUGUUCCUGUUGCCAGCCUGCACCCUGGACGAUCACUGAACUUAAGCAACAUAGAGGAGGGAGAUGAUGUGUACUUCGAGUGCUCCAUCAGAUCCAAUCCCGGCGUCUACAAGAUUGUUUGGCUACAUGAGGGCCAGGAGCUACAGCACAACGUGUCUGCUGGGGUGAUCCUCAGCAACCAGAGCCUGGUGCUCCAGCAGGUGACAAGGUCAGCCUCAGGUCACUACUACUGCGUCGCCUCCAACAUAGAAGGUGACGGCCAGUCUAACCCCAUCAAGCUAAGGGUCAAAUACGCACCUGUGUGUAGGAACCCUCAGAUGACUUACCACGGAGCUGCCAGACAUGAAGAGGUGAACAUUGCCUGUUACCUGGACGCUCAUCCUCCGCCUAUGUCCUUCAGGUGGACCUUCAAUAACAGCGGCGAGAGUGCUGAUAUUCCCAAGGAGCACAUACAGCCACUGGAGUCAGGGUCAACAGUGAGCUACACACCCAACAACGAGCUGGACUACGGCACUCUCCUCUGUUGGGGUACCAACGCUGUGGGACACCAACGACGCCCUUGUGUCUUCCAUGUCUUCCCAGCCGGAAAACCUGACCCCGUGCACAACUGUUCCAUGUACAAUCUGUCCGUGGAAGUGGUGCACGUGCGUUGUGUAGCAGGAUUCGACGGCGGCCUGCCACAGACCUUCAUCCUGGAGUUGUACCAGCCUCACACCAGCACUCUCCUAGCAAAUACAACCAACUCGGUGCCGACAUUUUCCGUGGGUGGUCUACCUCCGGGUUUGGCCUUCCUGGGGGUGGUCUACUCAACUAAUGGAAAAGGUAGCAGUGAGAAGAUCAGUCUUCAGGUGUAUACACUCAAAGACAUGGCUGAAAGACGCACAGCGGCUGUCAAGCCCCUACCCACACAUGGCAAGUCGUCAGCACAACUCAGCAUGACACUUAUUAUAGCCCUGGUGCUAGGGACGGUCGGCGGCCUUCUGCUGCUGACCAUCGCCAUCUGCGCCGUCCUCAGGCUGCGCUACCACAGCAGGCGAGGCAGAGGGCAGUCCAGGCAAGGGAGAGGCCUGUGCAGGCGAGGUACGGUGCAGGAGGUAGCAACGGGUGGUCAAGACGACACUUGCAACACCGUCUGCCACUCCAAGAUUCCUCCAGCCACCGACACUGACACCAUCCCACCACCACCAGCAUCUUCACCUCAUUCUGAUGAGAAGAACCCAGAUGUUAUUCCUCAGCCAGAGGCAGAGUCGUGGGUGGUGGAUGGUGUCAACACAAUCAGCUCAGCCUCGCUGCCCACAGCCUACGCUACAUUACCCAGGACCCAACACCUCUGCUCCCUAGCUAAUUACCAGCCAUGUUCUGCCGGCGAUGUUCAGUAUGCAGAGCUAGUGCUGGGAGGCACAAACUCCAGCCCUCCACAUCCUGAGCUGCACAGAGGUCCCAUCAACCCCCAGCACCAUGAUCUACAGAGAACUACACUCAUCCCACGACAACACAAUCCACAGAAAACUACAUCCAGCUCGCAACUCACUGAUCCGCAUGGGGUCAUCUACGCUACUCUCGACAACAAAACUCACUACUCACCUUUAGCACAUAAAUCUUACUCCCAGCCUGUAGUGAUUACCAACACUCCCAUACAAAGUGGACUCCCGCAGGCUCUCCACAGGACCACCCCCACACAGAGUGAGGUCCCGCAGACAACUCACUCUCCUUGGAUUCCUUCCUCUGCGUCUAUGGGGCGACGACACUCACUAAGGCGAGACCCUCAUGAAGGAGACCCAGAAGCUGCGCUUCCACUUAUUCCCUGCCAAAAGGAGAGCUCAGUCUAAAUUUAGCAUGUGUACUCCGCAAGAUGCAUUAGUUAUUACAUAAUUGAUUGAAGCAGUGAAAGAGAAGAACAAAGCUGAGACGGUGUCAUACAGCAGCCGAGGAACGGAAAAGUUAAUGGGAGCCAUUGACUCCUCGGCCUAAUGUUAAAAUAUCAGCAAACAAUAUGGCAGCAAAUUAUGAGACGGGGUAAACCAGCAAGUUUUGUGUAAAUGAUGUUAUUAGUUCUAUGUUUCCUAUUAUUGAUACAAUACCUACAAGUUGAUGAAUAAGACACACGAGCAACAUUUGGUUGUCUUUAACACCGAAACGUUGUCCUACUUUGUAGUAAUCUACAGUCGAUAACAAGCGAAAAUAACACUUGAGACUGUAGAAAAAAGAAAUACUGAGGUGAUCAUUCUUCGGCCCCUCAUUCUUAUUCUGCUGUCAAUUCACCUGUUUUUAACGGAAGAAGUUUGCAUUGCAGACGAAACCCAUGUGUUGUACAUGUGCUUUAUUCAUUAGUAUUAUGUUAUAUACGUACCCCUACAUCAUCCCAACAACUGUUUCAAUAGUAACUUUUCUGCUUUAGGUCCCAGUGCUACGUACGGUCUCCUUUGGUAGUGCCUUAAACCAUUACAUCUUUCGGUACUAUAUGCGACUGAAUAUUAGUAAACAUAGAAAAGUAUGAAGCUUCUCGAUAUACCCCAGGAUUACCUUAAUGCUCUCCCAUUUGGUGGAGACGCAGUGAGAGGGGUAAAAUACUGGACGAUUGGCUUGUCACCCAUAAAAUAAAUGUAACGGAAGUGUGUACCGGAUUUCACCAGAAGGAGAAUGAGAGGUCAAAGUUAACCACAGAAUGAAUCUUAGAUUAGCACCUGGGGACAAAGUGUGUAGUAGGAAUAAUAAAUUUGACGAAACUGACCCAUAGUUGUCACACACUGAAGGAAGUGAGGUAGACGAGAUUCGGAAACCCUCAAUUUGUAGCCGGGAGAGAGGUAAUGACGAAUGUGGAAACCCUAAGGACGGGCUAGAGGUGCACAGCGACGGAAGUUUAACCAGAGCUCUGGAGAGCUGACAGGGUAAUGCAAGAUAUGAAGAGCUACUGAGAAUAAGCACAGGUUGCAGAGUUCCACAAUGAAGGGCACUGCCAGCGGUAAACUUACUUGAAUACGGGUAUUCUUGAGAAGGUUUUUAAGGAUUUGAGUAGUUGUGUCAAGCCAUUGUUUGUUGGUGAUAUUAUAGCAGAUAUAUUUUUGUACAGUACUUUUAAGGAAAAUCUUGGUAGGCUUUGUGUGACCCCCACAUAUUAUUAUGCUGAGAUAAUAUUUAUGUCAUGGGAUCCAUUACUAAACAACAGUUGGGGUGAAUGUUGCAUGGUACACCCUGGAAGAAUUAUUAAUUAUUAUAUAAGUGAGUGUAAGCACUCAAGGAGAAUAGUACAGUGUGGGAUGGCAUCAGAAGGCAGCAGGGAUAGUGAAAAGUUUGGCACUUCAACCACAAGAAACAAAUAGCAUCAUGAGCACAACUUAUGAGAGCUGAACAAGCGAAUUUUGGGUAAGCAUUGCUAUGCUAUGUAGCUGCCCCUACAUCAUCCCAACGAAGUUUCACUAAUAACUCUCUUCUGCUUUAAGUCCCUGUGCAAUGUGCAAUCUCCUUGGGUGAUUUCUAGUGCCUUAUACUAUUGUAUCUUUGGUUCUAUAAGUCAUUAUUAGUAAAGAUAGAAAACAUCUGAAGCUUCUUUUAUAUUCCGAAGAAUUAGGAUGACGCUUUCACAGAUGUUACACACUGAGACUUACUGUUGUCAGAUAUUUGAAUAAGAAAUUGGUUUGCAAAAUAAGCAUAACGUGUGUACAUAUAUGUAAAAUAAAACUACUCUCAUUUUCUGUCCCAGAUCUAGAACCUCUUGCACAGAUGUGGACAGACUGGAGAAGCCCAUAAAUUUCAUAACAUUAUUUACGAGGAAACAUCCGUUUACCAUUCCAGAUCGAUGCCGUUGGCAUUCCUCUCAUUCCUUUGGUUAAAAUCACACCGAUCACUUGAGAGUAAAGUUAUAUCAGACACAAGUGCUGGCAGAAAUUUGGUUACUCCAUAAACGGAAAAUAGCAGAUUAAUAUCCUACAUAAUAGAGGAUUUCUUUUUUCGCUACAGCCCUUUUUUUUUCUUUUUUUUUUUUCCAAGACAUUUCAGGCAAGUCUCAACAAAUCCGACGAGAAAAAUUCUGUAUGUGGCAAAAGUAAAAGAUUUCUGUUAAUAGUCUGAAGCACAUUUUUAUGGCUAAAAGAAAAAUAGCGUCUCCAGUUUUCUUGAGACUGCGUAUACCUUUUAAACCGAGAGAUAUGAACGUUACAGUAGACCCUUGCAAAUAGUGGCAAGAACUUCCUCGAAUGCACCAACAUUGUCAAUUAAUUAACUGUGAGUAUUCAACAAGAUAU